AUGUGUUUACUUCCUUUGACAGAUCUGAGGUGCAAGUUGAGUCUCUUCGCAGCAAUGGGAAAUUCAAACUCCUGUUGUAACAAUCUGGGGAUCCCCCCAGCAAAAGGGCCCAAUGCCGUGGGAUGUUCAGAUUUCAUGAUGGAUCACACUGUAGAGGUAAACAGUGUUGUUGUUGUCAUCUUAAAUACGAAACUAACUGGUAACAACUAUUGAAACUGUCAGACUGGUCUCAUAGACUAGACGUAACAUAGUAAACGUAAAUCUGGGAGACUGAAAUUAGUAUGACAUGUUACCUUUGGUAUGGUUACAUAAGAUAGGUUACUUAAGGCAUUAAGGCAAAAACGUAUAACGCAAAGAUUGCUUUUUCUAAUCUCAUCAUGGACAACUUUAGCAUUUUAGUUAAUUAGCAACUGUGCAACUACAUAGCUACUAAUUUUAAGCUAAUUUGCAACUACUUAGCAUGUAACGCUUACCCUCCCCCUAACCUUAACUAUUUUUGCUAACCCUUCCCCUAACAUUAACCCUUUUAGCUAACCUUAACCCUUUAACCUUACUCCUAACCUUAACGCCUAGAGCUAGCAAACGUUAGCCACCUAGCUAACGUGAGCUGCAACAAAUUGGAAUUUGUAACAUAUCAUAGGUUUUGUACAUUCAUAACUUAUUGUACAUUUUGGUAUUUCCUAACAUUAUAAGAAUUGUAAUUCAUAACAUAUUGUACAAAUUGCAAAUUCGUAAUAUAUCAUACGAAAUGGAUUAUGAAAAUCCACAAAUUAAUACAUAGUAUAUGAAACAUAACAUAUCAUACCAAAUGAUUGAUCAUACUAAAUGGAGUGUCUCGGAUUCACCUAUAGAAUAAGAGGAAAUGCUCUGAGACCAUGCUGAAACUGUCUGUCACUAGGGCACCUUCUUUCGGCUAUACUAUCCAUGUGUAGCAUACGAGGAUGCUGAAAAACCAGACUGGAUCCCAAGCAGAGAAUAUUUCAAUGGGCUUGCAGACUUCAUGAAAAUCAACAGAGGCCUGAGUGAAAAGAUUUUUGAUUACCUCUUUGGUAAAUAUGUUUAUUCUAUGAUAUACAUUAACAUUUAGUUUCUUUUAGCUAUAGUGAUCCUGGAACUCAGGUAGGCUAGAUGUACCAUGUUUUAUGCAGUGUACAGUAUAUGUUAUUCAAUUACUCACAAACUGUAUGAGUUGUUAUAACAUGUUGUUUCUGUUUUUUUGUAAAGGAUCUUUUAAGAUACCUGCUGCCAUGAAUGCCCCGUAUAAACAGAAUGGGAAGUGUCCAGUUGUUGUGUUCUCUCAUGGACUUGGUGCUUUCAGGUACAAACAGAAGUGAUCAUUUAUUGUUCACAUUACAUGUACAGUGCCUUCAGAAAGUAUUCAGACCCCUUGACUUUUUCCACAUUUUAUUAUGUUACAGCCUGAAUUUAAAAUGGAUUAAAUUGAGAUUUUGUGUCACUGGUCUACAUUUACAUUUUAGUCAUUUAGCAGACGCUCUUAUCCGAGAGUGACUUACAGUUAGUGAGUGCAUAAAUUAUUUGUUUUUAUUUUUUCAUACUGGCCCCCCGUGGGAAUCGAACCCACAACCCUGGCGUUGCAAAUGCUCUACCAACCACUCGGGAGGUUACUACACACAAUACUCCAUAAUGUCAAAGUGGACUUAUGUUUUUUGACACUUUUACAAAUUAAUUAAAAAUGAAAGCUGAAAAAUGUUGAGUCAAUAAGUAUUCAACUCCUUUGUUACCGAUUUGUCCAGUUUAAUCCCACGUGUAACACAACAAAAUGUGGAAAAAGGGGUGUGAAUACUUCCUAAAGGCACUGUACAUUCUCCACAUGAUAUGAUAUGGACAUUAUUUUAUGCCUUACGUCUUUUCCCCCCAGAACUUUAUAUUCAGCCAUAUGCGCAGAACUGGCCUCACAGGGCUUCAUAGUGGCAGCAGUGGAACACAGGUACUCCACAUGCUCUCUACACACUCUCUCUCCCAUUCUCUACACACAGUCUCUGUCCACUUCAUUCAUGAAAAGAGACUUUGAAAAGCGCUCCCUAAUCCAGUGGACAGAGGAAGGGAUGUUCCAGUCGACAUUACAUUUACUUAAGCUAACAAUGACAAAGGACUCUCCAUAAAUACACAGACAGUCUCCCCCACAUAGGCAGCAGGCGUGAGCGGCCUGCCUGUUUAUCUCAGGGAGGGUGGGAGUGGGAAGGGUGUGCAGACAAUGGUACGAACUAGGUUAUCACAUUUCUAUCAGUAUGGAGUGCUGGGACUAUAUGGAUAACAGAAUGGCUGUUCUAUGGCCUAACCCCGCCUGUCCUGUCAUGGGGUUAAGCUUUCUGCUGUGGACUUCGGUGUAAUUGUGCGCGUCUGUCAGCAUUUUACAACAACCAAAAUAAUAGAAUGUCAGUAUUUGUGCCGCUGAAAGAUAUUUCUUAUUUGUUGUUUUACUCUAGGGAUGAAUCUGCCGCUGCCACAUUCUUCUACCAUGGAAAGACUGAAGAGCCUGACGAGAAAGAAGAGGCGUCGGCGACUAAACCCAACCCUGAGGCCCCAGAGAACCUGGUAGAGGAAUGGAUGUACUACAGGUCUCUGAAACCAGGCGAGAGUGAAUUCCCCCUCAGGAAUAAACAGGUACACAUAGUAAUAUACAGAAUUGAAUAUGUCACAUACAAUGUAAUGUGUAGAUUUCUUUAUCUGCUUGUUUGAUCCAUUCCUCAGGACCCUACAUUUGAGUAAUACAUUUGACAUGAAUGUAAUACCACUACUGCCAUAACAUUGUGGAAUAUUGUAUUUCUCCACAUUUGCAUUGCCUUCUGUUAGGAAGACAAUUUCAAUUUUCUACAUGUAAUUUAACUGUCUUUCUAGGUGAAACAGAGAGCCGAUGAAUGCAUAAAGGCUUUGGAUACACUGAUCCAAAUCAACUCAGGAAAGAAGAUGGAGAACGUGCUUGGGACAGAGUUUGACUGGAUGACUUUGGCGGUGACUUUUUAUGUCUGAAAUGGAACAAUCAGCAGCUCUUUAACACUUUUGUGUUCUCUGCUGUUGCAAAUGGCUGAAUACACUGCAUUUAGACAAUGCUCAACCUAUUCACAACACACCAAUUUAAACCCUUUAUACAGUGAGGGAAAAAAGUAUUUGAUCCCCUGCUGAUUUUGUACGUUUGCCCACUGACAAAGAAAUGAUCAGUCUAUAAUUUUAAUGGUAGGUUUAUUUGAACAGUGAGAGACAGAAUAACAACAAAAAAAUCAAUAAAAACGCAUGUCAAAAAUGUUAUAAAUUGAUUUGCAUUUUAAUGAGGGAAAUAAGUAUUUAACCCCCUCAAUCAGAAAGAUUUCUGGCUCCCAGGUGUCUUUUAUACAGGUAACGAGCUGAGAUUAGGAGCACACUCUUAAAGGGAGUGCUCCAAAUCUCAGCUUGUGGAGUUGCAAUGAUCAUGAGAACGGUGAGGAAUCAGCCCAGAACUACGCGGGAGGAUCUUGUCAAUGAUCUCAAGGGAGCUGGGACCAUAGUCACCAAGAAAACAAUUGUUAACACACUACGCUGUGAAGGACUGAAAUCCUGCAGCGCCCAGAAGGUCCCCCUGCUCAAGAAAGCACAUAUACAGGCCCGUCUGAAGUUUGCCAAUGAACAUCUGAAUGAUUCAGAGGAGAACUGGGUGAAAGUGUUGUGGUCAGAUGAGACCAAAAUCGAGCUCUUUGCCAUCAACUCAACUCGCCGUGUUUGGAGGAGGAGGAAUGCUGCCUAUGAACACCAUCCCCACCGUCAAACAUGGAGGUGGAAAUAUGAUGCUUUGGAGGGUGUUUUUCUGCUAAGGGGACAGGACAACUUCACCGCAUCAAAGGGACGAUGGACGGGGCCAUGUACCGUCAAAUCUUGGGUGAGAACCUCCUUCCCUCAGCCAGGGCAUGGAAAAUGGGUCGUGGAUGGGUAUUCCAGCAUGACAAUGACCCAAAACACACAGUCAAGGCAACAAAGGAGUGGCUCAAGAAGAAGCACAUUAAGGUCCUGGAGUGGCCUAGCCAGUCUCCAGACCUUAAUCCCAUAGAAAAUCUGUGGAGGGAGCUGAAGGUUCGAGUUGCCAAACGUCAGCCUCGAAACCUUAAUGACUUGGAGAAGAUCUGCAAAGAGGAGUAGGACAAAAUCCCUCCUGAGAUCUGUGCAAACCUGGUGGCCAACUACAAGAAACGUCUGACCUCUGUGAUUGCCAACAAGGGUUUUGCCACCAAGUACUAAGUCAUGUUUUGCAGAGGGGUCAAAUACUUAUUUCCCUCAUUAAAAUGCAAAUCAAUUUAUAACAUUUUUGACAUGUGUUUUUCUGGAUUUUUUUGUUGUUAUUCUGUCUCUCACUGUUCAAAUAAACCUACCAUUACAAUUAUAGACUGAUCAUGUCUUUGUCAGUGGGCAAACGUACAAAAUCAGCAGGGGAUCAAAUACUUUUUUCCCUCACUUUAACCCCUUUUUUGUAGAGGAAACAAAAUAACCAAGGCCACCUGUUUUUCAUCAGUUAAAUGACAGAUUUUAAAGGGAUAUUCUUCCACCUGACAGUUUUUGAUAACUGUUUUUACAUAUUCCUCCACAUUGGAUAAUAAAACAGGUCCUAAGAGUUGUGCGUGAACAAUUGAUUAGUAUUCAGUUAACUUGUGUAUGAACCUGUAGUACGAUUACUUGUCUUCUGUUUGAAUCAUACCCUGGCAUUUCAAAUCAUAUCCUAUGAUGCUGGUAAUGAAUGACAUCACCCUGUAUCUCCUCUUUCCCAGAACUCUAUGGACUUGUGCCGGAUAGCAGUGAUGGGCCAUUCUUUCGGUGGAGCAACAGUGAUCGAAGCCCUCUGCAAAGAGGUCAACUUCAAGUAAGAGCUAUCCCUCUCAAUUUAGUCACAUUUAAACAGUCGUUUCAGUUUUCAAAUGUAGAUUACAUUUCUCUCUCGACAAAAGUUUAAUCAAAAGUAAUUAAAUGGCACAUUAAGAUGUGGUUUCGAUGGUUGGUUGGAACGUGGUGCUUGAACACCAGAGUUGUGAGUUUGAUUCCCCAUGGUCCUAUAUUGUAUACUGAAAAUAUAUUGUACAGUGUCACUUUGGAUAAAAAUGUAUACUAAAUCAGUGUUUCUCAACCCUCAAUGUGAUGUUGCAGACCAGUCCUUUAGAUGUUUGGCUUACACCAAUAAGUCAGUUUUUCAAGUGCUAGAGAGGACCCACAAGUCCCUAGCUCUCUUGCUAAGUUACCAUAUUAUAUCAAUAAUAAUGCUAUUCUACACAUUUUGUCAUGAGGCUGAGAUAAAAUGUUGCAGUUUUUAAGGCCCAGUGCAGUACAAAACAAAGAUUUCCCUGUAUUUUAUAAAAAAAAUUCCACACUAUGAGGUUGGAAUAAUACUGUGAAAUUGUGAAAUUAUGAUAAUGCCCUUUUAGUGUCAGAGCUGUUUGGAGUUUUGGCCUGCUGACAAUAAUGACCAAUAAGAAAGAAAGAGUUCCAACCCUUUCUGCCAAUAACAGCUAGUUUUCAGUUUCCCCCUCCCCACUCACAGUCGUUGUUAAAUUCUUGCUUGAGAAAUUAGUCUUUGCUAAGAAGCAAUUUUAGUUUCUUUUUUUACCAUUUAAUUGAAAACAAUCACAGUAAGGUACUUAAUUGUUACCCAGAAAUGAUUUGAUGUUGAGAUAAAAACAGCUGCAUUGGACCUUUAACAUAACUUGUCAAGAGGUUUGGAUCUCUUGGCUACCCCUCAAACUCACAAUAAUAUUAGUUGUACAAUGAACAAAAAUAUAAACACAACAUGCAACAAUUUCAAAGAUUUUACUGAGUUACAGUUCAUAUAAGGAAAUCAGUCAAUUGAAAAAAUUUAAUUAGGCUCUAAUAUAUGGAUUUCACAUGACUGGGAAUACAGAAAUGCAUCUGUUGGUCACAGAUACCUUUAAAAAAAAAAGUAGGGUGUGGAUCAUAAAUUCAGUCAGUAUCUGGUGUGACCACCAUUUGCCUCAUGCAGUGCGACACAUCUCCUUCGCAUAGAGUUGAUCAGGCUGUUGAUUGUGGCCUGUGGAAUGUUGUCCCACUCCUCUUCAAAGACUGUGCGAAUUUGCUGGAUAUUGGCGGGAACUGGAACAUGCUGUCGUACACGUCUGAAGAACUGGGACAUUUUCAGCUUCCAGGAAUUGUAUAGAUCCUUGCGACAUGGGGCCGUGCAUUAUCAUGCUGAAACAUGAGGUGAUGGCGACGGAUAAAUGGCACAACAGUCGGCCUCAAUCUCGUCAUGGUAUCUCUGUGCAUUCAAAAUUGCCAUCGAUAAAAUGCAAUUGUGUUCAUUGUCCGUAGCUUAUGCCGGCCCAUACAUAACCCCACCGCCACCAUGGGGCACUCUGUUCACAACGUUGACAUCGGCAAACCUCUCGCCCACACGACACCAUACACGCCGUCUGCCAUCUGCCCGGUACAGAUGAAACCGGGAUUGAUCAGUGAAGAGCACACUUCUCCAGGAUGUCAGUGGCCAUCGAAGGUGAGCAUUUUCCCACAAAAGUUGGUUACGACGCCAAACUGCAAUCAGGUGAAGACCCUAGUGAGGACGACAAGCAUGCAGAUAAGCUUCCCUAAGAAGGUUUAUGACAGUUUGUGCAGAAAUUCUUCGUUGUGCAAAUCCACAGUUUCAUCAGCUGUCCGGAUGGCUGGUCUCAGACGAUCCCGCAGGUAAAGAAGCCAGAUGUGGAGGUCCUGGGCUGGUGUGGUUACACGUCCUCUGCGGUUCUCUAACAUUAGGUUGGAGACGGCUUGUGGUAGAGAAAUUAACAUUCAAUUCUCUGGCAACAGCUUUGGUGGACAUUCCUAUAGUCAGCAUACCAAUUGCACGCUCCCUCAACUUGUGGCAUUGUGUUGUGUGACACAACAGCACGUUUUAGAGUGGCCUUUUGUCUCCAGCACAAGGUGCACCUGUGUAAUGAUCAUGCUGUUUAAUCAGCUUCUUGAUAUACCACGCCUGUCUGGUGGAUGGAUUAUCUUGGCAAAGGAGAAAUACUAACAGGGAUGUAAACAAAUUUGUGCGCAAUCUGAGAGAAAUAAGCUUUUUGUUCGUGUGGAAUAUUUCUGGGAUCUUUUUAUUUCUGCUCAUGAAUCCAACACUUUACAUGUUGCGUUUAUAUUUUUGUUCAGUGUAUAUGCUGUUGAUCUCCUCAGGUGUGGCAUUGCCCUGGACUCGUGGAUGCUCCCCCUGGAUGAGGAGAUCAACGUCAGGGUAAAGCAGCCCAUCUUCUUCAUCAACUCUGAGAAGUUCCAGUGGGCCGGGAACAUCAUGCCCAUGAGGAAACUGGUACCACCUGACUCCACCUCCACGCAGAGGAAAAUGGUCACCAUUAAGUACGGAAAGAGUAUACAUUCAUUGUGACUGAGAUGACAUGUGAAAGAUGAUAGAUUCGAUUAGUUUUCCACACCUAUUUGGUUUAGUUGAUCUGUGCACAAAAGACCAAACAAAACAAACACUUUCUCUGAAUCCACUCUGGUCUGCUGUCGUUUAUCUCGUGUCUGGCACUUACAAAACCACUUCCUGAUUUGAAACCAGUCUAUCAGUGCAAGAAAAACCUCAGAGUUGUGUGUUGUUCUCAAAGGAGGAACUUAUUUUCACAGUCCAAUGUUACAAUUCACAAUCCAAAGAACACACAUUUACCUCAAUUUUUACAGUGCAUUCGGAAAAUAUUCUGACCCCUUGACUUCAACAUUUUGUUAAUUUACAGCCUUAUGCUAAAAUUGAUUAAAUUGUUGUUUUUCCUCAUCAUGACAAUGACAAUGCAAAAACAGGUUUUUAGAAAUUUGUGCUCAUUUAUUAAAAAAUGUAAACUGAAAUAUGACAUUUUACAUAAGUAUUCAGAGCCUUUACUCAGUACUUUGUCGAAGCACCUUUGGCAGCAAUUACAGCCUUGAGUCUUCUUGGGUAUUAUGCUACAUGCUUGGCACACCUGUAUUUGGGGAGUUUCUCUCAUUCUUCUCUGCAGAUCCUCUCAAGCUCUGUCAGGUUGGAUGGGGAGCGUUGCUGCACAGCUAUUUUCAGGUCUCUCUAGAGAUGUUCAAUCGGGUUCAAUUCCGGGCUCUGGCUGGGCCACUCAAGGACAUUCAGUCGGUCACUUGUCCCGAAGCCACUACUGCAUUGUCUUGGCUGUGUGCUUAGGAUUGUUGUCCUGUUGGAAGGUGAACCUUCGCCCCAGUCUGAGGUCCUGAGAGUGCUAGAGCAGGUUUUCAUCAAAUAUCUCUCUGUACUUUGCUCCGUUAAUCUUUCCCUCGAUCCUGACUGGUCUCCCAGUCCCUGCCGCUGAAAAACAUCAAAUCAAAUUUUAUUUGUCACAUGCUCCGAAUACAACAGGUCUAGACCUUACAGGGAAAUGCUUAAAAGCCCUUAACCAACAAUGCGGAAAGAAUACCAAAAUCAAAUAAUACAAUAUAAAAUAAUAUGAAAUAAAAGUAACAAAUAAUUAAAGAGCAGCAGUAAAAACAACAAUAGCGAGGCUAUAUACAGGGGGUACCGGUACAGAGUCAGUGUGCGGGUGCACCGGUUAGUCGAGGUAUUUGGGGUAAUAUGUACAUGUAGGUAGAGUUAUUAAAGUGACUAUGCAUAGAUAAUAAACAGAGUAGCAGCAGCGUAAAAGAGGGGUGGGGGCAAUGCAAAUAGUCUGGGUAGCCAUUUGAUUAGAUGUUCAGGAGUCUUAUGGCUUGGGGGUAGAAGCUGUUUAAAAGCCUCUUGGACCUAGACUUGGCGCUCCGGGACCGCUUGCCGUGCGGUAGCAGAGAGAACAGUCUAUGACUAGGGUAUCUGGAGUCUUUGACAAUUUUUAGGGCCUUCCUCUGACACCACCUGGUAUAGAGGUCCUGGAUGGCAGGAAGCUUGGCCCCAGUGAUGUACUGGGCCGUACGCACUACCCUCUGUAGUACCUUGCGGUCGGAGGCCGAGCAGUUGCCAUACCAGGCAGUGAUGCAACCAGUCAGGAUGCUCUCGAUGGUGCAGCUGUAGAACCUUUUGAGGAUCUGAGGACCCAUGCCAAAUAUUUUCAGUCUCCUUAGGGGGAAUAGGUUUUGUUGUGCCCUCUUCACGACUGUCUUGGUGUGCUUGGACCAUGUUAGUUUGUUGGUGAUGUGGACUUGAAGCUCUCAACCUGUUCCUGCUCGGUCCUCUUAUUUUUCCUGUAGUCCACAAUCAUCUCCUUUGUCUUGAUCACGUUGAGGGAGAGGUUGUUGUUCUGGCACCACACAGCCAGGUCUCUGACCUCCUCCCUAUAGGCUGUCUCAUCGUUGUCGGUGAUCAUGCCUACCACUGUUGUGUCAUCGGCAAACUUAAUGAUGGUGUUGGAGUUGUGCCUGGCCAUGCAGUCAUGAGUGAACAGGGAGUACAGGAGGGGACUGAGCAUGCACCCCUGAGGGGCACACGUGUUGAGGAUCAGCGUGGCGGAUGUGUUGUUACCUACCCUUACCACUUGGGGGUGGCCCAUCAGGAAGUCCAGGAUCCAGUUGCAGAGGGAGGUGUUUAGUCCCAGGGUCCUUAGCUUAGUGAUGAGCUUUGAGGGCACUAUGGUGUUGAACGCUGAGCUGUCGACAAUGAAUAGCAUUCUCACAUAGGUGUUCCUUUUGUCCAGGUGUGAAAGGGCAGUGUGGAGCGCAAUAGAGAUUGCAUCAUCUGUGGAUCUGUUGGGCGAUAUGCAAAUUGGAGUGUGUCUAGGGUUUCUGUGAUAAUGGUGUUGAUGUGAGCCAUGACCAGCCUUUCAAAGCACUUCAUGGCUACAGACGAGAGUGCUAUGGGUCGGUAGUCAUUUAGGCAGGUUACCCUAGUGUUCUUGGGCACAUGGACUAUGGUGGUCUGCUUGAAACAUGUUGGUAUUACAGACUCAGACAGGGAGAGGUUGAAAAUGUCAGUGAAGACACUUGCCAGUUGGUCAGCGCAUGCUCAGAGUACACGUCCUGGUAAUCCGUCUGGCCCUGCGGCCUUGUGAAUGUUGACCUGUUUAAAGGUCUUACUCACAUCGGCUACGGAGAGCGUGAUCACACAGUCGUCCGGAACAGCUGAUGCUCUCAUGCAUGUUUCAGUGUUACUUGCCUCGAAGCGAGAAUAUAAGUAAUUUAGCUCGUCUGGUAGGCUCGUGUCACUGGGCAGCUCUCGGCUGUGCUUCCCUUUGUAGUCUGUAAUAGUUUGCAAGCCCUGCCACAUCCGGCGAGCUUCGGAGCCGGUGUUGUACGAUUCAAUCUUAGUCCUGUAUUGACGCUUUGCCUGUUUGAUGGUUCGUCGGAGGGCAUAGAGGGAUUUCUUAUAAGCUUCCGGGUUAGAGUCCCGCUCCUUGAAAGCGGCAGCUCUACCCUUUAGCUCAGUGCGGAUGUUGCCUGUAAUCCAUGGCUUCUGGUUGGGGUAUGUACGUACAGUCACUGUGGGGACGACAUCAUCGAUGCACUGAUGUGGUGUACUCCUCAAUGCCAUCGGAAGAAUCCCGGAACAUAUUCCAGUCUGUGCUAGCAAAAAAGUUCUGUAGCUUAGCAUCUGCUUCAUCUGACCACUUUUUUAUUGACCGAGACACUGGUGCUUCCUGCUUUAGUUUUUGCUUGUAUGCAGGAAUCAUGAGGAUAGAAUUAUGGUCAGAUUUUCCAAAUUUAGGGCGAGGGAGAGCUUUGUACGUGUCUCUGUGUGUGGAGUAAAGGUGGUCUAGAGUUUUUUUCCCUCUGCUUGCACAUUUAACAUGCUGAUAGAAAUUAGUUCAAACGGAUUUAAGUUUCCCUGCAUUAAAGUCCCCGGCCACUAGGAGCGCCGCCUCUGGAUUAGCGUUUUCCUGUUUGCUUAUGGCCGUAUACAGUUCAUUGAGUGCGGUCUUAGUGCCAGCAUCGGUUUGUGGUGGUAAAUAGACAGUUACGAAAAUAUAGAUAAACUCUCUUGGUAGGUAGUGUGGUCUACAGCUUAUCAUAAGAUACUCUACCUCAGGCGAGCAAACAGCUGUUGUUUACAAAUAUACAUAGACCGCCACCCUUUGUCUUACCAGAGGCUGCCGUUCUAUCCUGCCGAUACAGUGUAUAACCCGCCAUCUAUAUGUUAUUUAUGUCAUCGUUCAGCCACAACUCGGUGAAACAUAGGAUAUUACAGUUUUUAAUGUCCCGUUGGUAGGAUGUUCGUCCAUUUUAUUAUCAAGCGAUUGUAAGUUGGCCAGUAGUAUCAAUGGCAAAGGCAGAUUUGCCAUUUGUCGCCGGCUCCUUACCAAGCACCCCGAUCUCCUUCCGCGAUAUCUCCUUUUCUUUCUACUCCGAAUGACGGGGAUGAGGGCCCUGUCGGGUGUCUGGAGCAAAUUGUCCGACUCAUAAAAUAAAAAUUAUUCGUCCAGUUCAAGGUGAGUAAUCGCUGUCCAGAAGCUCUUUUCGGUCAUAAGAGACGGUAGCAGCAACAUUGUGUACAAAAGAAGUUAAAAACAAUGCGAAAAAACACACAAAAGAGCACGGUUGGUUAAGAGUCCAUAAAACGGCAGCCAUCCCCUCCGGUGCCAUUACUGAGAUAACCAUAGCAUGAUGCUGCCACCACCAUGCUUCACCGUAGGGAUGGUGCCAGGUUUCCUCCAGACGUGACACUUGGCCAAAGAGUUCAAUCUUGGUUUCAUCAGACCAGAGAAUCUUGUUUCUCAUGGUCUGAGAGUCUUUAGGUGCCUUUUGGCAAACUCCAAGCGGGCUGUCAUGUGCCUUUUACUGAGGAGUGGCUUUCGUCUGGCCCCUCUACCAUAAAGGCCUGAUUGGUGGAGUGCUGCAGAGAUGGUUGUCCUUCUGGAAGUUUCUUCCAUCUCCACAGAGGAACUCUGGAGCUCUGUCAGAGUGACCAUCGGGUUCUUGGUCACCUCCCUGACCAUGGCCCUUCUCCCCCGAUUGCUCAGUUUGGCUGGGCGGCCAGCUCUAGGAUGCGUCUUGGUGGUUCCAAACUUCUUCAAUUUAAGAAUGAUGGAGGCCACUGUGUUCUUGGGUACCUUCAAUGCUGCAGAAAUGUUUUGGUACCCUUCCCCAGAUCUCUGCCUCGACACAAUCCUGUCUCCGAGCUCUAUGGACAAUUCCUUCGACGUCAUGGCUUGGUUUCUGCUCUGACAUGCACUGUCAACAGUGGGACCUUAUAUAGACAGGUGUGUGCCUUUCCAAAUCAUGUCCAAUCAUUUGAAUUUACCACAUGUGCACUCCAAUCAAGUUGUAGAAACAUCUCAAGGAUUAUCAAUGGAAACAGGAUGCACCUGAGCUCAAUUUCGUGUCUCAUAGCAAAGGGUCUGAAUAUUAUGUAAAUAAGGUAUGUUUUUUAUUUUUAAUAGAUUACAAAAAAUUUCUAAAAAUCUGUUUUCACUUUGUCAUUAUGGGGAAUUGUGUGUAGAUUGAUGAGGAUAUUUUUCUCUUUAAUCAAUUUUAGAAGAAAACUAACGUAACAAAAUGUGGAAAAAGUCAAUGCGUCAGAAUACUUUCCGAAUGCACUGUAUGUGAGAAGCACAUCAUGACAUUUGUGUUGUCCUUUUUGCUUCUGUGGCUGACCCUGGCUUUGGACUCCGCAGGGUCUGUGUGUGUGUGUGCGUGCAUGUGUUUCUCAGGAAGUUGGGUUAAUCGAAAAUAAAUAUAUUUCUGUGAUGUGAAAAUUAUAAUGGACACUCAAGUAUUCUUCUUCUGUUCUCUUCUCCCCCCACAGGGGAACCGUUCACCAGAGCUUCCCAGACUUCACCUUCCUGACAGGCAACUGGAUCGGGAAGAUCCUGAAGCUGAAAGGAGAGAUUGACCCUCAGGUCGCCAUCGAUCUCUGUACUAAAGCAUCGCUAGCGUUCCUGCAGCGACAUCUAGGUAAGGAUCUGUAUGGUGUACAUUUGAUUUGUAAACAAGGGUUGCUUCAACAGUUGCCUGGAAACCCAAUGUUGAAUUGCAUUCUACGUUGGGCAGAAAUGAGCAUUUGAAUCAGGAAAGUUUCCUCUCACAACCUCUACAAGCUAGAAUGUUUAAUCAAAUUGUAUUUUAACGUACUUUACCGGUUGGUCCUUUCCUGAUUCAAACGCUCAUUUCUGCCCGACAAUUCUAUUUCGGGUGACCAGGCAACUUCAACAGGUGCAUCAGACAUGUUCAAAUGUCAUUCUGUGUGCGGGAGAUUAUUUCCUUCUGAAUGUUUUUUCAUUUGAUAAAACAGAGGAAGCAAAGUAAUUUCCUUGUGUCAAUUGUGUUUGCCUUUGUUUUGCAGGUAUGGAUAAAGACUUCAAUCAAUGGGACCAUCUAAUAGAGGGCAAGGACGACAACCUCAUUCCAGGCACCAAUGUCACAGAAAUACCUUAGUUCAGUUCCAUCUAAACUUUGGACUUUACACAAUACCACUAGCUGAACUCAAGGUGACAAUAUUUGCUGCACUGAGCCUUGAAAUUGUUUCAUCAUGGACAAAAUGUAAAAUCAAUUCAAAGCAAUUUCUACUACAGGCAAUCUUUACCAGUAACAAAUUAUGAUUGCUUGGAGAGGGGGUAUAUCUCCAAGUAUUGGGAUAAACAGCUUUUUUAGUUUCAUAGUAUGUAUAUAGAGCAGCUAAGAACACAAUUUGCUGUACUCAUCAGUAUCUUUGUACCUGAACCAAAUUGUGGUUGCAGUGUGCUAUGCGAUUAUACACCUGUAUGGGAUAUUAUACAAGAGUACGGUUUAGACAUUUAGUUGAUCAAGGAGUCUUUGUUAAUAUAGUUCAAAGAUUUCAUUUUAUAACCCCCAGAUGGUUCAUGUGAUUAUGACUUUGGUUAAAUAUAUUAUUUAGCAUGAUUGCACAGAAUACAGAUUGAGAUAAUGUAGCGAAGAUGCAACAAGAAUCUAACAAAUUGAUGACACUUCGCUCACAAAGGAUGAGAUGUUUCUUGAUUCCUUUGAACCAGAGCCAUAAAUAUGUCAUGUGCCUUACCCUACAGCAGCCUACCUUUGUUCUUCCUCCUGGGUUGUUUUUGUUAGUCACCAAACGGAAAACUCACUAAAACAACCUGAACUUGUCCAAUGAGAAACGCUCCUUUCCGUUUUCUGUUGGAAAACUAAUGCAGUUUCCCAACUCCUCGAGUAUCCCCAACAGCACACAUUUUUGUUGUAGCCCCGGACAAACUGAUUCAACUUAGAGGGCUUGAUGAUUAGUUGACAA